AUGUUCUACUCGGAGACGCUGCUCAACAAGAGCGGGCCGCUCGCCCGCGUCUGGCUCUCGGCCAACCUCGAGCGCAAGCUCUCCAAGAACCACAUCCUCCAAUCCAAUGUCACCGACAGCGUCGAGGCCAUCAUCACGCCCAACCAGGCGCCCAUGGCCCUGCGCCUCAGCGGCCAGCUGCUGCUCGGCGUCGUGAGGAUAUACCAGCGCAAGACGCGCUAUUUGCUUGACGACUGCAACGAGGCCAUGAUGAAGAUCAAGAUGGCCUUCCGAUCUAGUGGUAACAAUGACCUUGCUGCCAACCUGCAAGUCUCGAACCGCGAGGCGCUGCUGCUGCCAGACAAGAUCACACCAUAUGACAACCUCGAGCUUCCGCCCCCCCCCGACGCGUCGUGGCUCUUGUCGCAGGUCGACGACGUGACUGCCACCCCGGUCGGUCGCAAGGGACGCAUCAGCCACAACAGGGACAUUAACCUCCAAGAAGACUUUGACAACAGCCAGUUCCUCCAGGGCAACAGCGCCUUGGACGAGGACGAUCUCGUUCCCAUGGACGAUCUCGAUCUUGGACUCGACUUCGGUAUCGACAUGGACGGCGGCCCCAGCCAAAGCAUCGAAAUGGGCCGAGACGCGCCCGCGGCGCGUGACUUCGAGGAUGACGUGUUGAGCGAGCUCGACAUCAUGCCCCGCCAUGGCAAGGACGAUUCCAACGCGCUCGACUUUGGCGAAGAUGGCGUCCGCAUCGCUGACGGAGAAGGCGACAUCCCGAUGGGAGACGACGACUUUGGCUUCAAUGUUGAUGAUCAGUCCGCCAUGCCCGAGCUGGGCGCCGCGGCGCUGAACCGUGCGCGGAUAUCCGAGUCGCCGCUAUCGGACAUUGACGAGGCCCUCGCUCGAGAGGUGGAGGAAGAGUACUCGAGACACAACCAGACGGACCUGUACGAGCCCCUCGACGACACAGAGACCACGCUCGUCCGGCGACCCACGCAGCGCUCCAAGAAGCAGAAAAUCAUGCUGCCCGACGACGAGAUCGCGCUGUCGAGCAGCCACAUCAAGCAGCAGCAGGCGGACCGACACAACAUCAUCAAGCCCGCCGCGUUCCUUCCCCGCGACCCAUUCCUUCUGGCUCUGAUGGAGAUGCAGAAGAGUGGCGGAUUCGUCUCGGCCAUCAUGUCUGAAGGCCGCAGCGCCGCGUGGGCUCCCGAGCUCCGCGGCAUGCUCUCUCUCGACGCGAUACGUGGAAUCAGCGAGCUGAAGCGCAAGCGCGACAGCGGCAUCGCCGACGUUGACAGCGAGCAAGGCGCCCUGAAGUCGCCCCGCCUCGAACUCGGAGAUGACACCGACUUUGGCUUCGACGGCCAAGGGCUUGGCAACCAGAGCGUGGCCGCGGACGGCACUAUUCUGGAAAUUCCGGCCGACGACGACCACCACGACCGAGACAUGGGCAGUCCGAUGCCUGCGUUUGACGAGACGACGGUACCGCUCGUGCACCCGGCCGACAGCGGCCCCGUAUCGGUCGGCACUAAGCAUGCUGUCCACAUCCUGCGCGACCUGUUCGGCUCAGAAGCGGCCACGAACGCCGAGACGCGCAAGAAGUCGCAAGUCGUGUUCCAGAACCUGCUGCCCGAGAAGCGCACGACAAAGGCCGAGGCCACCAAGAUGUUUUUUGAGUGCCUGGUCCUGGCCACCAAGGACGCCAUCAAGGUCGAGCAAGGCCCGGACCUUGGCGCCCCUAUCCGUGUACGAGGCAAGCGUGGCCUCUGGGGCGACUGGGCCGAGCGCGAGGCCGGCGGCGAGAUCUCCCACCAGAACGAGCCGGAGCCCGCGGCCGUCAGCGCGCACGCUGUGGCCGUCGAGGCGUAA